AUGGCUCCCUUCCAUAUCGGUGCGCUAGUGUACGACUACCAGGUACUCGAUGUUAUGGGCCCUUUUGAUUUACUCAACUCAUCCGGCAAGACUCUCCUCAAUGCUAUGCAGCAUUAUGUCCCAAUAGACAAAAAAGUCCUCUCCGACGCGCCGGACUUUGUGUUCCAUCACAUUGGCGAGACUCUCGACCCCGUCCACCUGCUCACUAGCUCGGUAACCAUCGUUCCCACUAACACCAUCGACGAUUGUCCCGAAUUGGAUGCCCUUCUCCUCGGCGGUCCCAAUCCCGUAUCAUUCACGCUUUCACCAAAGUACGCUGACUUUAUCCGCCGCCACGUCGCCGCCGGCAAGCUUGUCUUUACGACCUGCACUGGUUCCUUCGUGCUGGCAGCAACCGGGGCCCUUGACGGCCGAACGGCCACAAUCAACAACCAGGAAUUUCACUGGAUAAAGAAGCGCUAUCCCAAUAUCAGCUGGACGAAGGAAAAGAAAUGGGAGAUUGAUGGCAACAUCUGGACAGGGAGUGGUGCAGUGGCGGGAAUGGAUAUGGUUUCCCAUUGGAUCAAGGAGAAUUAUGGCCUGGAUGUGCUUACGCAAGGAGCGAGUGGACUGGAUUACGAGCCGAGGGAUGUGGACGGGGCUUUUGAUACCGUAUUGAAGCAGAGGUAUGAUGCUCGUGGGAAGCGGCUGCCCGCACAUGUAUUUCCGUGA